UUUCCGCGCAUCCAAAACUGCCGCCCAUCCCAUUCUCGACGCCGACGGAAUCAAGGCUGCCCGCGCGGUCGUGGAGGGGAUUCACGGCCCCCAUGAGCGGCGAGGGAACCGACGGCGGUGGUGGCGGCGCCAGCCACGGGGCCGAGGACCCCGGGGCAACGGAAGGACCGCGCGCCGCAAAGGCACCUCUGAGAUGUCCAGCGGGCACCGGCGGCGGAGCGGGAGGCCAGGGCGUUGCAGAUGACGUCAGCAGCCAAGGAGGCGGUGGGUUUCCGGUCGCUCACGCAGGCCGAAGCGGCGGAGACGGCGUUCCAGGCGGCAAAGGCGUCGAGGACGAUGUGGGGACCGGAGGCCCGGGUACGGGCGCCUCUGGAUGCCCUGGGGGCGGCGCCGGUGGUCCAGGCGGUCAAGGUGUCGAGGACGGCGGGGCGAGCGCAUGCCUCCUGAGAGGAGGGACGUCGGUUUUGGUGGAGAGGACCAGCUCAGUCCAACAGCCGGGUGGGGACGAUGUCACCGGAAACCCGACUAGCGGCGCAGCCCCAGCGGCACCCCAUGGCGGACGGAGCCAGGAGGAGCAAGCUUUCACCGGCAGCGGAAGACUGAAAGGCAAUGUGUAUUCUCGGGGUCAGAACAACAAGCAGAAAAGAACUGUAGUGCGCGAGAAGCAACCCGCAACCCACAAAACAGCCUGAGUCGAGCUCCAACGAUGACGACGACUUUGUCCUUGUCCCGUGCAAGACCGCUGCUACACCACGUCGUCAACCGCAAACAGCUUCUCCGCCGACUGGACGACACACUCGCCUGUCUGCUCGGCGGUUUCAGGAAACGAAUAAUGCGCAGGCCCUAGGGAAGCGAGGAGUA